UUCAUUUGUAAUACCAUAGUAUUCUCUCAUUGAAACAAGUGAAAGUUGUAAUAAUUGCAAUAAUACGCACGCACUUUUUAAUCUGGUAACCACCGGCAGUUUAGGAGAGGGGUGUAAGAGGGCGGGGGUCCGGAAGAGAAACAAACGAGCGGGAGUUGGUCACGAAAACAAGCCGACGCAUUCGUCAUUUGUUAUCCACCAAACAAAGUUGGUAACGCUAAUAGAAUCAUCGUUCAUCGUUGAAAAUAAAAAUCGAAGAUGCGGGAAAGUCUGAGCUACGGCAUGUUUCCAUUGCUUCCCGAAAACAUGGACACGGCGAUGUUAAAUUCCGGUUCGAAUACUUUGAUUUCCUUCAACGGGUAUUACGGAUAUCAACCCCAAAUCAAUCCACCGGACAAGGGGAGCACCAGAAACGAAAAUCAGGAGCAGGCAAGGAAUGACAGGAUGGAUAUGGACGUUCAAAGCGAAGAAAGUGAUAUGCAAAUGCAAAUGGUAAAUGUUCGGCGGCAUAUAAACAGGAAACGCCGAUCGGAGCACGUUGCGGAUAUCAGAGAAUUCAAAAAAAGGCGCGAUUGUUCCGAUGCAAAUGACAGCCCCCCGACUCUGCCCCCAAAGAUCAACCCUGUACCAACUCCUCUCAUAACGCCCACGAGAAAACCGACUCACAAUAUACCGGACCUGUCCAGGUGUACGAUGGGGCACUACUUCUAGAGGUUUCUAGUCGCAUUUGUAGAUUUUAGAAAAGAAUUUAUCGUUUUCAUUAGCUCACGGAUUUGUUUCUUCCUAGAAGACACGAAAAAGGACCUGAGAACUGUAGCCAAAGAAGAAAACGUGUUGGAAGAUAUCUUGAUGGGGACGCAUGGUGUUAGUUUGUAUCAUUGGAUGUGCGAGCGGGAUUAAAAAAUAUAUUUUUAGUUGGUCUCGAUUAGCUUAGUUAUUUUUUUUUUGGAAUAAAUAUGUAACUAGUAAUACUUUGAUGAAUAUCGUUUUGACGCGUGUAAUAAUUUCGUACUUUUAUAUUAAUAUUGGUUAAUAAAGCUAAUGUGCGUUUGUGUUUCA